UUUCUGGAUAAACCCCUCUGCUCUGCCAUUCUCACUAUCUUCAUCUCACCUUGAAAAAACAGGCACUCACUCAAUAGGGUUCUUAAAAAAUGGCCACAAUUUCAUCAUCCUUAAUAUCAUCCACAACUUACAUCCAUCACCAACACCAAACUUCUUCUAAAUCCUUCAAAACCCAACAUUUACCAAUUUCUUCAACCACCACCAACAUAAAUCUUUCUUCACUAAAAUGUUUCAUUUCAAAUCCAAGAAAACCCACCAAUUCAAGAUUGUUCUGUGUUGCUGAGGAAACAGUAGUUGCUGUGGACCCCACUUCUGAAGCUGCAAGGAGAUUGUAUGUUGGUAAUAUCCCUCGCACUACAAACAAUGAUGAACUUGAAAAGAUUUUUCAAGAACAUGGUUCCAUUGAGAAAGUUGAGGUAAUGUAUGAUAAAUGGUCAGGAAGGAGUCGAAGAUUCGGUUUUGUCACAAUGAAGACUGUUGAUGAUGCAAAUGUUGCCAUUGAAAAGCUAAAUGGCACGGAAAUCGGAGGGCGUAAAAUUAAAGUAAAUGUCACCGAGAAGCCUUUGAAUGGAGUCACCUCUACAGUUGUACAAUCAGAUGAAACCCCAUUUGUUGACAGCCCGUACAAACUUUAUGUAGGAAAUCUGGCAAAAACAGUUACAUCAGAGUCACUUAAAAGCUUUUUUGCAGACAAGGGAAAUGUUCUCGGCGCCAAAGUAUCUCGAGUUCCCGGGACUUCAAAAUCAAGUGGAUUUGGGUUUGUUUCAUUCUCUUCAGAAGAGGAAGUAGAAGCUGCCAUUUCAUCCUUUAACGAUGCUGUACUUGAUGGACAGAAGAUCCGUGUAAAUAAAGCUUAGUGUACCAACAAAGAGCUUUUCAACUUGUAGUUUUGUUAUAUUAUCGCAUCAAUAUGUGCCACUUUGAAAUGGUAAAAUCUUCGGGAUUUUAGUGGGUAUUUGUAAUAUGAGCUGCUUUUAUAUCAUAGUCUAGAUAUCAGAAAUUGUCCAUUAUUUUUUGUA